AUUGAAGAAAAAAAAAGAAAAUACGCGGUGUUAGCUGGUGUUAGAUAUUGAUAAGGUGGUAUUUGUUAUUAACUGAUUGGCUGUUAUUUCAACUGAUUCUAUAGCAUUCUCAGUCAAAGAUGGAAUACGACGUAAAGAAGGCUUUAAAAGACGCAAAAGAGUUUAUUAAAAACAAGGAGUACACUUCAGCCUUGGACACCUGUAAGGGCAUAUUAAAACAUGAUAAGAGCAACUACCUUUCUUGGGUUUUGAGUGCUGUCUCUUUUCAAGAACUCGGCCAAAGUGAUAAAGCAUUGACAGCAUUUGUCAAAGCUACAGAACUCCAACCGGGCCAGCUCACUGCCUGGCAAGGACUAGCAGCUUUCUUAGAACAAGAAAGAAACAAAAUAGUGAUUACUACUGACGGUGGUCAACAGGCAAAUGAUCUUUCAGAAAAGCUUUGUGCUGUUUACAGAAAACUUGAGUGCCUUUUUGAAAGUGAUCCUAUAAAACAAUCAAAUAUUUUGAAGAAACAGUGUGAACUAUACACUUCAUUAGGACAACUGGAAAACUGCACUGACAGGGCAAAUCUACUCUUGAAAAAGAAUGACAAGGAAGUUAUCAAGUUUGUUGCAAAAGUAUUGUCUCCAGUAUUGCCUCAUCUAGAUCAUCAACUCCUUCAAAUUUUGAGAGAUUCCCUCUGUGAAAUAAUCAACAUUGAUGAAGAAUUAGAUCAGUUCUUCAGAGAACAAUAUCUUUUGAUUUUGUUGCAGCAGAAGCAAUAUUUGAAAGCGGCCAAUGUUGCGUCCGGAAUACUGAGUUCGGACCCCAAAAAUGUUCGAUGUCUGGAGGCCAUUUGCUUUGCGUUUGUCGAAGAAGAGAAAAUUGACAUUUCGCUGGACAGAAUUGGCGAAAUCAUUGAUGCAUUGUUGUCAGUGAACAAAAAUGAUCAUGGGAUGUUGGCUAAAGCGAGAUGGUUACUCUUGAAAGAAAAAUCAAUGGAAGCCAAACAGUUAUUGGAGCUGAUUAAUACCAAAGAAGCAACGCGAAAAUCGCAACUUUUCCUGUGUGACGCGUACCAACAGUUGCAUCAGUGGAGCAAAAUGGAAAAUGUUUGUCGCGCCGGCUUAGAAUCCGCGACCGAGUCAGACAGACUUUCCUGGAGAUUAAGAUUGAUUAAGAGUUUGAUUGAAGAGGACGGAGUUGAUCGCCUUAAUGAAGCGUCAGUCAUUUUAGAGACUGUUCGAGAUGAAGCAAAAUCAUCCGCAACGUUCCGAUUAUUGGAAACUUUAAUUUUGUUGCGUACCGACCAUCUCGAAAAGUGUAAAAAUAAUCUCGACCUGUUGGAAGAACAACAACCAACGGACAAUAUGGAACAAGUGCUACUCAUGAAAGCUGAAUAUUUGCAAAAGACUGGAAGGGAAAUUGAAGCCGUUGAGUUGCUAGAUCGUGCUUGUGAAAACCACCCCCAGAAUGUCGCUUUACUCCUAAACGCGGCCAAAAUGUUAUGGAAGAGAUCUGAUCAACGUGAGAAGAGCGUCACUAUUAUGCUUAAUGUCAUCAAGAUCAAUCGAGACAUUUCUGAACCCUACAUUUUGUUGGGAACCUUUUACGGCGAGCAGCGGCACAACCCUUCCAGCAUGCAGCGUGCCGUGCGUUGUCUGGAGAAAGCCUUCCAACUGGAUCCGUAUCAAACUAGAACCUCUGAGAAGCUGCUGGAACUCUACCGUUUGAUUGAUGACAUUACAAGCGCUCUUAAACUUUUGGAUGUUGUCGUUCGCUCUAAUGCUAAAAAUCGACGAUGGGCUUGGCUGCAAAAAGGUCUCCUCCACUUGAAAAUGUUCCAGAAAGUGAAACAAGUUUCAGAUAAAGAAAAAGAAGCCGGAUUGGCUAUUACUUGCUUGCAAAACGCAAUGGCUAUCGAUUCCAAUGACAGUUCCGGCUGGGAAGCUCUGGGUGAAGCAUAUAUUGCUCGAGGAUCUUACACUGCGGCAUUGAAAGCGUUCCAGCGUGCGUCUGAACUAAAUCCCCAAUCCACUUAUUCAUCGUACCAAAUCGCAUCUAUUAAACAAAUCAUGGGAGAAAAUGCCGAAGCCGUAACCGCAUUCGAAGAGCUCCUCAAGCAAACCCCGGAUUACGUGCCUGCUCUGAAAGGACUUGCGGAAACCCUUCUAAACCAGGCAGCCGAGUAUUUAACCGAUGGAUUCACCGGCAGAUUGGUGGAUUGCUGCUCCAAAGCUCUUGAUCUGCUCGUAAAGGCGAGUCGACUCAAUUCACAUUUAGCUUGCGUCUGGUCUCUAUUGGGCCACGUCUGUUUGCUACUUCGAUCUAUUCCGGAGGACGAUUUUACGCUGCUGGACGUUCCGCCAGUGCUCCUUUCAGACGAAAAUUCGCCUGUCGCUAAAAAACAAUUAAUGGAGAUGGGUCCGAAAUUCUUUUUGUCUGCUCUGAGAUUGUUGCCCGAUUCAGCUGCGCUGUGGCACAAUUUGGCUUUGUCGUAUCAGUCUUGCUGGAUGGUUGACGAAACCGUAGCACACAAAUCCUCUGCGUUGGCGGCUAUAAAAAAAGCCAUUACUUUGGAGCCAAAGGAUUCGUCACACUGGGAUCUGCUUGGUCAAAUCGCUGAACAACCAGCCAUCCGGCAACACGCAUUUAUCCGAGCUCUGGAACUAAGUCCAAAUGCACCGAGAACUGCUGCCACCUGGACUCAUCUUGGAGCAUUGUACAUGGAAAAUGGAGAUCUCCAUCUUGCUCAUGAAUGCUUCAAGCAAUCUCAAAACAUUGACCCGUUCCAUGUUUCCGCCUGGAUUGGACAGGGAAUUAUUGCCGAACAAUUGAGCCCAGCCGAAGCCAUGGAUCUUUUCCGCCAUACUUCAACCAUCGGUAGCGGUAGUCCCGGUCAGUGUGAAGGAAGUCCGUCGUACGCUCAGUGGGUUAUGAACACCUUAGCCGACCCCUUGGCUAAACAGACGGCACACUAUCGCUACAGCAUUGUACAGAUGCACGCUGUACCAGCGGCCAUAGAUAGCCUAGUCAAAUAUGUAGCUCUCUAUCCUGAUGAUAGCUGCGCGCUCAAUUUACUUGGACUCCUUUAUGAACGCCAGGGAUUGUUCACGAAAGCCGAAGAAGCAUUUUUGAAAGGAAUCCAACAUCUAAGUCUGGAUGAUACUACAAUCAAUAGGACCCGCAUCGAUAAGAUGAAAGCUAAUCUGGCCAGACUUUACACGUCCAUGGACCGUUGUGACGACGCCACUGAGCUGUACGGAUCCCUACAGGAAUCAGAGCUUAGUUCUGCCUGUGGAAUCGCUUUGGCUCAUUUCAAAGCCAACAGACAUGCCGAGGCUUACGUUACUUACGAAGCAGCCUUGCAUUGGUUGGCCUCGGAUGACGAGAAACGUUCUCACUUGUUAGUGGCCAUGGCUAUGGCUGCAUUCCGGCGCGAUUUCCCUGACGCAGAAGCUGCCAAAUUGCUUCUCUACGAAAGCUCGCAAUUGCAACCACCAUCAGUCUACGGUCUGCUGGCCCUCGGAGCACUUGGACUGCUAACAGACGACGAGACUUUAACGACAGCCGCUUUUCAGGAAUUGCUUCCCUAUCAAACAGAGCCACGUUACGUUGCAGAUAUUAGUCGAUUAUCGGCCUAUCAGCAAUCGGUCAUUGGAAACGAACUGCAGGGACAGCGUGAGAUUGUUCGCAAUAUUCAUAUGCUGCCCAAUGUUGCCGAGCUGUGGACAUUGCUGGCCUCCUUCAAAGCUUCACUUACAGUUCAGGCAUCUCAUCCCCUAUCAUCGGAUGGAUUGCAAGUGGCUCGUUGGGCGGAGAUUGCAUUCGAUGCGCGUCGCCAGAGCGAUUCGGCCGUGGACCAUGUCUUUCAACCCAUUGAUUUGUCACAAGUCAUUUCACUCAUCAGUUUGGGCUACCUGCUUGCGGGGCAAGGAUCUACAAGUCUCAUAACGGCACAGAAGGCUGUCCACUGCAACCCACAUUCGGCCGCUUCGUGGUCCGUCUUACUCGCAGCUGCUCUCCCUUCUUGGGGAGGGUCGGCCGCUGGUGAUGAACAACUUCACCGGUUAAGUUGGUUAAAGAAAUUAAUCGAACAUUUGCGUCGGAAAUGCGAUGUGACCGCUUAUUCUCGGUUAACUCCUUGGCUUGGCCAUUACGAACGACGAUUAGUCUCAUUAUUGAGCAAAGCUUGAUGUAUUUCAAUUACCGAUUCCAAUAAAGCUGAUGAAUUAAAUA